UUUGUUUAUAUUUUCUAGUUGCUGGCAAAAUUGGUUUUUUGGCCCGAUUUAAAUGCUGAAAAAUGACAAGUAAAGUGCCUGGCAGUUGGCCUUGUAAAGAAAAUCAUGGCAAGUUUAGGUAUAAAACGUAAACGGGUAUCGAAAAAGAAUAAGUUGGCAUGGAGAAAGCACUCGAAAGUAGCCGACGUCGAACAAUUCUUGGACGAACAAUGGGAAGAAGAAAGACUGGGAGCCAUAGAAGCCCUACCGGACGACCAGCUGUUCGUAUUGGAUUCAAAACCGGACAAGGCCACAAUAACGACGAGGCAAAGUAAGAAAUUGAGAGCCACGAGACCGCUUAAAGGGUUUGCAGCAUUGCAACCUCAUACUAGUGUACCGGAUCCGAUUAAAAAAAGGAACAGAGUGCAAACUAAAGAGGAAAGAAAAAGCGAUUUGGUUAAGAAAAAAGAAUUGGAUGAUAGACGAAAUGGGGUUUUGAAGCUUAAGGAAAUCAAUGCAAUAGCUGAAAGAAGAUUGUAUGAGCUUAAGCGAGACAAAAAGGAAAAACGUGGGGAGUUUAAUAAAGAUGUUUGGUCUGAAGAGGCAGAUUCUGUCUUGCAAAAUGAUCCAUGGGCUGAAAAAGUUACAAAAGUGCAUAAUUUAAGAAACACAGGUGUUCCAGUUAAGAAUCGGCCUAUAAAAUCCAAGAGCCUUCUACAAGUAAUUGAACCACCACAUCCAGGAACUUCAUACAACCCCUCAUUCAAAGACCAUCAAGAUUUAUUAAGAACAGUGGCUCAAGAGGAAACAAAAAUAAUCAAAGAAGAAAAACAUUUGGAUAGAGUAACUAGACAAAUGUUUAGAAGAGUAACCAGCAAUAAAAAAGACUCCGAAUGGAUGGUGGAAAUGUCUCAAGGCAUGACAAACAAAGAAGAAAAGGAAAUAAAAGAAGAACCGGAAGAUUUGGACAAAAUAAGCAUCAAUCCUCCAGUGCAAAACAAAAAGAAAAGCGUGCAACAGCGCAGAAAGCAACGUGAACAACUUACCCUAGAAAACCAACUAAGAGCUAAAAAGUUGGACAAAAAGAAAAUUGGAGACAUUCACACAAUUAAAGUUUUAGAAAAGGAUUUGCAAAAACUUGCAAAAAAGCAGGAAAAAUUGCGAGAAGUAAGAAAAAUAAGGGCAGAAAAAAACAAGCUAAAACCAAAAGUACUAAGCUCCACAAAAUUUGAAGAUUACGGGCCAGAUUUUCAAAUGGGCCAAGACAUUGCAGGAAAUUUAAGAAGCAUGAAAAAGGAGGGCAAUUUAUUAAGUGACAGAUUCAAGAGCCUUCAAAAACGCAACAUCUUGGAACCGUCCAAGAGAGCUCACUAUAAAAAGCCCAAAGUUAAAAAGUACACUAAACCAGGACAUAAGGACGAUUGGGAAACAACUGUUGCUAGAAGGAAAAUUACUUCUAAGUAAAUGGAUUAUUUUGUAACAAAAUACACUUAUUGAAUUAGAAUCUUGUUUUAAUACUUACUCUUACUGCAUCAAUGUGAGGCUUUAUCCAACCUUUUUGGUUCAAAUCAAGUAUGUGGACAAACUUAAUUUGCGAUACCCCAGGUGGAAAAGCUAAAUCUCGAACUCUAUUCAAGAUUUUUGUGUUUGCCUCAUUCCAUUUUAGUCUUUCUGUUUCUCUAUAUCCAUGAAUAGCCUAAAUUAAGUAGAUUAUUUAUUGAAGACUAUCUUCAUUGCCCCUUACAUUAUCCCAAUGGUCAUAUUCGUAUUUUAGCUUUGUCAUAUAGGGGUCCAGUUCAUUCAUAAGACUGUUUUCUUCUUCUUCAGUUAAGAAGUCUGUGUGAACCGUCAUAGAAUUGACUAGAUUCUCAGCUAGCUUGGGUUCAUUGGAAAAUUGAUCACAGAGGGAA